AUGCCAUCUUCUGGAAACGAGCCUGCUCGACAGAAAGUACCUAUCGUGCCAUCCAACAAAGAUCGCCUGUACGUUGCUCUCUAUGCCCGCGGAGGCAAGGCUAGAAUGCCAGGCAAGGAAGACACAUAUCACUGGGCCGUACACACCGGACCCAAGAGUCCCACCGAACAGAGGCUUGGAGUCCGCUAUCACACCAAAGAGCGACUCACCGUGGAAGGCAAGUCCGAGUUCAUCUUCGAAGAAAGCGAGGUCUCCCCGCAGAUGGUACUUGUGCGCAUCGCUAUAGCAAAGAUCUUGGACCAAGACCGUGCAGUCGAAAUUCUCCGCAGUACAGCCAUCCGCCAGAAUGCCACAGAAUGGAACUGUGUGUCCUGGGUCCAAGAAGCUCUGGGUGUGCUGAAUGUCGAUUCGCGGGCUCUGGGGACACGGACCCUCGACUGGGUAAGGGUGCGCGAUGCAGCGAUGGAGUAUUGCCAACGAAAGAAGGACCAGCAUCGUUUGGAUGGGAAGGGGGAUUGCGAUAUGGGUGCUGUUCCCACCUAUGACCUGAUGGUGGGGAGGGAGCUUGCUGUUCAGGUAUCCGAGUGUCACUGGGCAAGCAUGUUCGGUUCCUAA